AUGUUUCUGAUUGAGGGGACAGAUGGAACAGCUGUUUUAUAUACAGGAGACGUGCGAGCAGAACCAUGGUUUGUGAACACUUUGACACAUAACCCACAUUUGUCUCCUUAUGUCUAUGGAUAUAGGGAACUGCGCUGUAUAUAUUUGGAUACGACAUUCGCAUAUCGUGGGAAGCGUGACCUGAACUCAGAUGAGAAAGAAAGCUCAGGAUGGCUUGAAUACGAUCUGUACGGUGAUCAAGUCAAUGAACAACGGGACAAUCAUCGCGAGUAUGUUGAUAUAAUGCCUAAUCAUCAGGGCAUCAAGUAUUUAUUAAGGUGCAUGCGGGAGUAUCCCGAAAAGACAAAUUUCUGGAUGUCAGCACGAACAAGUGGGUAUGAAGAAGUAUUGUUAGAAGUGGCACGAUGCUACAGAACUAAAGUCCAUGUGGACGAGUACACGUAUAAAUUGUACUCGUAUAUCUGUAAGAGCAGCAGGAUAGAUAGCGAAGGCAUAAUGAUCAAGCUGUUGAUGAAUUAUCUGACCACAGAUGCACUUGAUACGAGGUUUCACGCCUGUUCUGAUGCGAGUUGUCGAGGUGGAUACAAGAAUACUGAUGUUUACCUUCACUCGGCCACUAAUCUAAACCUUGAGCAACUACAAUAUCGCAACGGGAUGUUGGAUAGUCCGUUUACAGUACAGCAAGCCAAGAAAUUCAUACAGACAGCUACGAACGUAGGGUCAAAGAACAGUAAUAUAUUUCGGUUAUCACGAAAUAUUCUGUACUGUCCUGAAAAGCAGAAUAACCAAAUAAUGCCGGUACAUGUCAUGUUCCCAUACUCGCGCCACUCAUCGUAUAAAGAGGCCCGACACCUUGUGUCGCUGUUCUGUCCGAAAAUGGUCUAUCCGAUAGUACAACAGAGACAGUAUUUCUUAGAGGGCUUUACGAUAAAAGGCGCUUUUGGUGACCUUUGCAAGGGAACGACAUUCACAGCAGAUAUCGCAUGGGAACGUCUUUUGGCUGACGAGCGAGAGAAAACGGAGAAAGAAAUACAAGAGAAAACACAGGGCUUAGUACAAGAAAAAAGGAAGAUAGAAGCGGUCUCCGCAAAUGAAGAAGCCAUUGCUACCAACAACUCUUUUGUAUUUGGCGUUGGCAAGUCGCAUAAAAAGAAUACACUUCGAUAUAUGCCAAUAUCGCCUGUCCAACAGUCGUCAGAUUCGCAGGAUAAUUCCGAUGUCCAUGAGUUUCUGUGGCACAAUUCCCAAAGUGCAGGUAAUAACGUCUCGUUUGGUAACAAAGACAAUUCAUCGUCUCAAUUUAGUUCUCGAAGCACAGACAUUGAAUUAUCACCAAAACGGAGACCUCAUGUUCGAACAGAAAUCGUCACCCAGGCUCCUACUUUUAUGAAAUCUGUAACUGACAAAAUGCUUCCCCUGUGGCGACCCCUAACAAUGAUUGAGAAGACAUCGCACAACACAAAGCCAAGUGAUGACAUGGACCCGGUAGAAGACGAGUCACAAACCAUCAGCUGUUGCGAGGUAGACAGACUUUCAAAUCAGUUGGCUAAUAACCCGAACCGUUGGUUUGAACUAUCAGCCCAACUGUCGUACAAAAAAUGUUGA